CACCCUGACACUGGCCACCUCAGCCAGGCCAGGAUAGUUUUGUCAUUUACCAUCUAUCCAGAAGCUUCUCUCUCUCUCUUCAAAAGUGGUAUGUUGUGAUCUGAUAUUGACAUGUGUUGGCACACUAGCAAGUCCUAACACAUAAGACUUGCAACCUUAGUUAGGGAUGCCCGUCGAGGGCCCAGGGACCGAAGGCCCAUGAAAAAUAGUAUCGCGUCGGGGAUUGGUGGAUGAGUUCGAAUAUGAUGGUGUUAUACUCUGCUACCAUGGUUAGAGAGCCACUAAACGACUUGUUGUUGAUGGAGUCAACCCACCGAAGAAGUAUUUCUGAUGUUGGAUGUACGAGUACGACAAUGAUAACGGGUGUGGUUUUCACAUGGAUUGGGACGAAGUAAUGUUCCCCGCUUUUUCAUAGUCGUAUGAUGAAUAUAACACCGAGGAGACCGUGAAGAAAUGAAUUAGUAUUUCCUGUCAUCAAUUUGUAUUGUGUUGAGUUUGGCUUAUAGUAAUUGGUAGAUGACGUGUUUGGUGGAAAAAAAAACUUCCUGCCGUAAAUUCUUUUCCAUCUAUAUAUUUCCAUAAAAACCCACAAGCUUACAGCACCCUGACACUGGCCACCUCAGCCAGGCCAGGAUAGUUUUGUCAUUUACCAUCUAUCCAGAAGCUUCUCAUCCCCGAUAUCUCACGUCCCGGUUUCCGGUUAAAUAUAAAGCCUCUCGCCCUCUUCACAACUUAAGAAGUUAUCCGAUUGCCCUGCGCUUUUGAAUAGGUUUCUCCCGGAGAUUGCUGAAUCGUUGGACGUCGAUCGCUUGCUUUCCCGGCCACGGUACGUCGACGAUCCCAUUUAGAUAAUUUCUUUUUUUGGGCUGUGGAAUUAAGAUAUUCGUUUCAUCUUCAUUUUCUUCUGGGGAUUAUUCGAGUUGGAAAGCCAUGAUAGAUUCGGGUCCCUUAAAUUCAUGGCGUUUUGAUUUUUCUUUUUUCCUGCGUAGCUGAACGUUGGGUUUUCUCCCCUGGUAUGAGAAUUCCUUCUUUUUCCUUUAAAGAGUUUCUGAAUUCUGUAUAAAAAAAUGAGUUUCUGAAUUUGCAUGAUAAGGAUUAAGGAUUGAUGGAUUUAAGGUUUUUCCCAUUUGUCAGUACACGACUUUCAUCACGAUCAUGAUGAGCGCCAAUUUAGUUGGUAGGGAUGAGUUAGUUGUUGUUGGUUUUACCGAAUUCCAUUCGCGCUCGACAAUUGUAGCGGAAGGAUUCGAACUUUUAGGUGUUCUGUACCAUUCUGGUUUUGGUGCACGCGGGGAUGAUGCAUGAGACAUUUGUUUAUUCUUCCUUCUCAGAUGUCUUACUCUAAGAGAUCAACUUAUUCUCGCUCGCCGUCGUCGUACAAGCGAUACGGCAGAUCUGUGUCCAGGUCUUUAUCAAGGUCAAGAAGCCGAUCAAGGAACCCCUCUGUGGAGAACACUGGCAACAAUCUCUAUGUGACAGGCUUGUCGCCUCGUAUCACAAAGAGAGACCUUGAGAAGCACUUCUCCACUGAGGGAAAGGUGACUGAUGUUCAUCUCGUUGUUGAUCCAUGGACGAGGGAGUCUCGUGGUUUUGGGUUUAUAACGAUGUCUACAGUUGAGGAAGCUGAGCGCUGCCUUAAGUAUUUGGAUCGAUCAGUGCUUGAAGGCCGUGUGAUAACAGUGGAGAAGGCAAAGAGGCGGAGAGGCAGAACUCCUACUCCUGGAAGGUAUCUUGGACUUCGCACAGUGCAUGUGCGAAGGAGAACCAUUAGCACCUCACCUCCUCGUCGGUCCCCAAGUUAUUCUCCUUAUCCGAGAAGCAGAAGCAGAAGCAGGUCUACAUCUUAUUCAUCUGAUGGCAGUAGGAGCAGAUCUUAUUCUCGUCACCACAGCAGGCUUCGAAGAUCGUAUUCUCGAUAUCCUGCUUAUUAUUACAGGCGCAGGAGAUCCUACUCUCGUUCACCACCAGUGUAUUACUAUGCACGCAGAAGAUCUUACUCAAGAUCUCCAUCACAUUUCAGUAGGUCCUCCGUCAGGAGAUGGGACAGAUCUUACACACCUUAUGAUUCACGAUAUAGCUCACCAGAUGAUCGGUAUGAAAGAAGACGAGGACACUCUCGCUAUGUUUCUGAGAGGGAGAGGAGUUCAUGGAGAAACUAUACAAGCAGCGUCUCUCGCAGCCCAAUAAGGCGAUUCAGAAGGGAGCAUUAUUCUCGAAGUAUUUCUAGAAGCCCGAGAAGGUACUCAUACUCGAGGAGGAGGAGCUACUCCCCAAGUGUUUCACCGGCAGCAAGGAGGAGCUCGAGUAAAAGUGUAUCAUCCGAGAGUUCCAGUUGGUCUUCGGAAGGCAGUUAUGGCCGGGAUAGGAGUUCCAACACUUCUUCUAGUCUGGCUGCUAGUUCUAGAUCGGUUUCUAGGUCAGUGAGCCCCAGUUCUACUCCAUCGUCUUGAGAAGAAGUGGAAGUUUAGCUCAUUGGUGUGGUGAUGUUUUUUGUUUUGUGAGAACUUGGGACUGCUUUGCUAGGGAGUAUUGCUGCUUGCCCGUUUAUGAUAAUAAAAUGCAUAUGAUUCCUUGUUGGGGUCAUAUAUUGGUGCAAUACUUUCUUUGAAUUAUGGAAUGUUGCAAGGGAUCGUCUCAACUUCAACACAAUAGGAGGGGUCGUUCGGUUUUGGAAAUUGGGAUAUUGUAGUUCAAAUCGUUUGGUUUUUGUGACAGUUAUUGUGUUAUUUAAAUAAGUUACAUUACUUUUUAUGUUAUUUAAAUAAGUUAUAUUAUUUUUGGGUGAAAUGUCACUUGUAUUUUUUAUUUUUAAUAUAAAAAAGCAACAUAUAAAAAGGUAAGGACAUAGUUGGAAGAAAAUAAAGCACAACAUUAUCAAUCAAACAAUCUCAUUAAAAACUUGAGAUUUAACUAUCACUCAUUUUGAGUGAUAAUUUGCGUCAAAUCAAACAAACAAUGCAUGUAUUAUUUGUCUAGAAAAUUCAAAAAAACGAUGUAUUGUCUCAACCCAACAAUCACCAAAACCAAUCGACCGCAAAGUAACAAAUAUAUUGAAAGUGAGGAUGAUUUAAUGUAAUUUCUAGGUUCACAGGAAUUAGGGUUUUCAAAAUGGAAUUUGGGGCCGCAGCAGCCGAGAAGAAGGCUCUCCGCCUGAUUGGAGAGGCCAUUGGCGGAGCAGGGAGAAUCUGGGAUAGUCAUCCCACCAAAGUCUCCGACCUUUGAAAUUUGGAACUGGUUUGUGGGGACAGGUUACGGUAAUUACUACACUGUGCCGUGGUUACUAAGGGUAAAUUGGGUAUGGAAAAAUAAAUUAUAUUAAUUAAUUUUUUAAUAAAUUACAUUUAAGGUA